AUGGACUUGUGGAACUGGGAUGAAGCUUCACCGCAGGAAGUGCCCCCAGGGAACAGGCUUUCAGGGCUGGCCCUAACCUCCUCAUUGCCUGCAGAAGGAGCUGAGCUCGGCUUCUAUUUCCCUGAGCUGGCGUUCCCAGGGGACACGCUGACAGUGGAGACACGCUGGAAAGGUGGUUGUGGGCUGGGACCCCUGGGAGCUGAGGAAGGGCUCUCACCGCUGGACUGGGGCUCCACGUUAACGCAUCCAGAAGCUACAUGGGGGGCGGAUCCCGCCCGUCAGGCUCUUCCGUGGUCGGGAGACUGGACGGACUUGACGUGCAACGGCUCGGACCACUGGAACGGCUUCUCCCAGGCCCCGGGCCCCGCCCCUCCCGGCCUGGGCCCCGCCCCCUUCGCCGGUUCUGCGGGGACAACGGAUCAGAACUGUGCCACCUCCGGGGGAGGGACCAAUUCGUGGUCUUGUGCCCAGGCCGCCCCCAGCUCCACCAACUGGGACAGUUCUAUUGGUCUCGACGGCGCCACCUACUGGGGCAAGGGCCUCCGCGGGGAGCCUCACGCGGACUCUACCAUUUCGUGGGUUGGACCUGCGGUCUCAGACUCUACCACCUCCUGGGUCUCGGGGCUGCAUACGGACUGCACCACUUCUUCAAAGGGAUACCAGGCUUCAGAUCUCACCACGUCCUCUGAACCCAGCCAGCAGGCGGACCACCUAACCUUGGCUUGUUACCCCAAAAGUAACCAUCGAGGUCCCAUUCAGCUGUGGCAGUUCCUCCUGGAGCUGCUCCGAGACGGGGAGCGUAGCAACUGCAUCCGCUGGACGGGCAACAGCCGCGAGUUCCAGCUGUGUGACCCCAGAGAGGUGGCGCGGCUCUGGGGUGAGCGCAAGAGGAAGCCCGGCAUGAACUACGAAAAGCUGAGCCGAGGCCUGCGCUACUACUACCGCCGCGACAUCGUGCGCAAGAGCGGUGGGCGCAAGUACACGUACCGUUUUGGGGGCCGCGUACCCGGCCUGGUCCAUACCGACUGCGCGGGAGGUGGACCGGGAGGAGCGACCCAAUAAAAAUACCCCGUCAAAUUA